AUGGCUUCAAACAUUAUCUGUGCGCUUUGUGGACUUAUCAUUGCGACUGUAGCGAACCUAAACGGAGUGAACGGGCAACAAAGUAAGUAAAAUACUUUUAAUUUAACUUUUAUGGAUAUAGCUAAACUUGAAUUGUAUUCAUUGUGUUUACAUCCGUUGAUCUAUGUAAGGCAAAUAAAAAUACUUAAAAACAAAUUUUCGAUUGCAAUACGAUAUUUUAAAUGCGUUUUAAAGAAACGUUAUUUUAUCUAACUUUUAAUCGCAUGGGAAUUCUUGUUUCACUGACCGUCAUGGAGUCAUCGCAUGGCUACUCAAAUGGAGUCUGAUAAAAGAAAGGGUUGCUUAUGGAGUUGCUUCCUCUACCAGCUGCCUUCUCACCGGUUCCGCAUUCCAAUCGCCUUAUUUCACUCUAUCCAUGCCCAUGGUUGAAAAGGACAGACCUGAUGGAUGGGUCUACUUAUAGUUGGCAAUAGACAAAAAUCAUUAUAACCUAUUUACUUUCUUGAGAGGAUGUAGGCUAUAACUUCUUAAGUAAAAUUGUGAACUCCACAAAUGUGCAUAAUUAAUGGUGACUUUGAACUUGACAAUAUAAUGCUUCCCAUUCACAUUACCAGCACAUUAAUAAUUCCUUUAUUGAGGCUAUUUUCUAGGAUGGCUCUUAGUGAUGAGCGGGCAUCAGAAAAAAUUGUAUUAUGUCUUAAAUGCAUGUGAGACUGUUUCAGUAUUGUCCAGACCAGGGCAACAAUGUAGCUAAUGCUGAAAUGGGCUUUCAUCCAGGGCCCAAGGGUGAAUUUGGGAUUUUGCAGGUCACUACCCAAAAUGUGUUGAUUGCUUAUGAUCACUCAGCAAUUCUAACAUGAACAGUCCUGGAAGUCAGACAAAGAUGAGAAUCCACAACAAUUCCUGAUAACAUGCAUAAUCUGCUUCUUCAUAAAUAGUAUGUUACCAUGGAAACAUCAAGUCUCCAAUUUCCUGCACUCUCAUCUCACACCUUUGUCUUACAUCAUUGUGUCACUCAGUUCUGACCUUAUGGUAUUGUUUCACUGAGUUUCAAAGCAACUGAUGGGCAAUUCCACGGAAAACAAUUCAGACUCAGAUUUUUCACUUUAAAAUGUAUGCCAAACAAAAGCCAUUGAUGCACAAGGACUACUUUGCACAAUUUAUAACAACAUUUCAUAAAAACACAUUUACUGGAAGAACUGUGCAGAUACAAAGUUUGGUAACAUAAUUACGGCAAAAUGUCCUUCAGUUUUUUAUGCGACCACAUUUUCGAAAAAACUGUUAAUUAUCUGCUCUGAAUAAAGAUUCAAAGAUGUCUGCAGAACGAAUGGGGUAUCUGCUAUGACAUGACACCUUGAGUUAGAAAAAAACUAUUUUGGUUAUUAAACUACAGUAAGUGAAGUGGAUUUACACCCGUUAACAGAAUUACGGUAAUGGAAUUACAUCAUGGGUCCCUGAUCUGUACUACACAGAAAUGCAUAAUUAUGCAUUCUCUUCAUGUUGAUGUAUCCUGAAAAAGGUACACAAAGGUAGAAAUACGCAAUAUCAUCCUAUGCAUAUAUGGGUAUUAUUCUACACACUGGCUAUUAUUCUAAUGAGAUCUGCCCCCAAACAAGACCAAAUUUGGUUGGUCCGGACCAGACCAAAUCUGAACCAAUCAUAGACGUCCAUGUUUCACAAGUUUGGACAUCACAGUACAGUACAGUACAGCACAUCACAGUACAGUACAGUACAGUAGAAUACAGUACAGUAAAGUAUAGUUCAGUACAGUACAUUAUACUGUCCUCUACGCUAUUGUGCUCUACUGUACUGUACUAUACUCUACUUCUCUUUACUGUACUGUACUCUACUGUGCUGUACUAUACUCUACUCUACUUCUCUUUGCUGUACUGUACUCUACUUCUCUUUACUGUACUCUACUCUACUGUACUGUACUAUACUCUACUUCUCUUUACUGUACUGUACUCUACUGUGCUGUACUAUACUCUACUCUACUUCUCUUUACUGUACUCUACUCCUCUGUACUCUACUGUACUGUACUGUACUGUACUUCUCUGUACUCUACUGUUCUUCACUCUACUGUACUGUACUGUACUUUGCUGUCCAAACUUGUGAAACAUAAACGUCUAUGAUUCGUUCAAAUUUGGUCCGGUAACAAACCAUUUUCUCAAAGUACAUUGUCCAUGUGGUUAUAUGCUGAAUUACAAAGUGACAAACCACAUUGUCAACACCUGAUUACACUGACUAGACCCUUGUGUGACCUUCAAGCUCAAGGAAGAGGAAACUAUAGGCUUUAUCUCAUUGACACUUUACAUCACUUCAAUGAGUGAAUCUAAUGACGUGGAGACGUCAAGCCUGACAAGCAGUGUCAGAGUAACCCGAACUCUGUAAAGUAACAGGCGUUUCAUCACAUUAUCGACAAGUUUGUUAAGCGCUGUGAUCACUACAUUGAAUUCACCAUCAGGCUUUAUUCUUUACCGAGUUGAAUUAACAUUGCAGACCCUUUCUUCCAUACUUCAUCACCUUAGAUAUAAAUUGACACAUGCCUCUUUUUUAUGAGUCUGGUACUGCUGUCUGUGGGUUCUCUAAAAGGAUAUGUGGUUUCCGUUGUAGUGUCUCUCAGGGAACAUAGACAUUUUAAAUCUAGUCUACGACAUAUUUGUCUGUCAGUUCACUGCUGUUAUGGUAAUGUUUACUCCCAGUCUCCCCACACCUUCUCUAGAAGUCAAACACGCCAAAACAAUGUGUCAGAAAUCGUCUUGAUAACACACAUCCUGCCAUUCACACACGACAUCUCACCAUGCUUGUGCACGCAAAGCCAAUGAGUAAUGUUAAUUGGCACGUAAGUGCAUCAGUAUGCGAAAUUCAAAGGAAUUCCCCAACUAAUUUCAUAAGAAGAGGAAACCCACAGUUUCUCGGAUCUUCUCUAUUUCUUUGGACUUGAUGUCAUACGAUUUCUUUAUCAUUGGGCAAAAACAAUUCCUUUCUCAGACCACAGACUAAGUGCAUACCUUUUUAUUGGCAGGUUUUAAAAACAUCUACAAUAAGAUAAAUCAUACUUACAGUUGAAGUCGGAAGUUUACAUACACAUUAGCCAAAUACAUUUAAACUCUGUUUUUCACAAUUCCUGACAUUUAAUCCUAGUAAAAAUUCCCUGUCGUAGGUCAGUUAGCAUCACCACUUUAUUUUAAGAAUGUGAAAUAUCAGAAUAAUAGUAGAGAGAAUGAUUUAUUUCAGCUUUUAUUUCUUUCAUCACAUUCCCAGUGGGUCAGAAGCUUACAUACACUCAAUUAGUAUUUGGUAGCAUUGCCUUUAAAUUGUUUAACUUUGGUCAAACGUUUCGGGUAGCCUUCCACAAGCUUCCCACAAUAAGUUGGGUGAAUUAUGGCCCAUUCCUCCUAACAGAGCUGGUGUAACUGAGUCAGGUUUGUAGGCCUCCUUGCUUGCACACGCUUUUUCAGUUCUGCCUACACAUUUUCUAUAGGAUUGAGGUCAGGGCUUUAUGAUGGCCACUCCAAUACCUUGACUUUGUUGUCCUUAAGCCAUUUUGCCACAACUUUGGAAGUAUGCUUGGGGUCAUUGUCCAUUUGGAAGACCCAUUUGCGACCAACCAACCCCCAUGCAGCAAAGCACCCCCACAGCAUGAUGCUGCCACCCCCGUGCUUCAUGGUUGGAAUGGUGUUCUUCGGCUUGCAAGCAUGCCCCUUUUUCCUCCAAACAUAACGAUGGUUAUUAUGGCCAAACAGUUCUAUUUUUGUUUCAUCAGACCAGAGGACAUUUCUCCAAAAAGUAAGAUCUUUGUCCCCAUGUGCAGUUGCAAACCGUAGUCUGGCUUUUUUAUGGCGGUUUUGGAGCAGUGGCUUCUUCCUUGCUGAGCGGCCUUUCAGGUUAUGUCGAUAUAGGACUCAUUUUACUGUGGAUAUAGAUACUUUUGUACCUGUUUCCUCCAGCAUCUUCACAAGGUCCUUUGCUGUUGUUCUGGGAUUGAUUUGCACUUUUCACACCAAAGUACGUUCAUCUCUAGGAGACAGAACGCAUCUCCUUCCUGAGCGGUAUGACGGCUGCGUGGUCCCAUGGUGUUUAUACUUGCGUACUAUUGUUUGUACAGAUGAACGUGGUACCUUCAGGCGUUUGGAAAUUGCUCCCAAGAAUGAACCAGACUUGUGGAGGUCUACAAGCAAAUAGGCACUGAGUUUGAAGGUAGGCCUUGAAAUACAUCCACAGGUACACCUCCAAUUGACUCAAAUGAUGUCAUGGCUUUAGAAGCUUCUGAUAGGCUAAUUGACAUCAUUUGAGUCAAUUGGAGGUGUACCUGUGGAUGUAUUUCAAGGCCUACCUUCAAACUCAGUGCCUCUUUGCUUGACAUCAUGGGAAAAUCAAAAGAAAUCAGCCAAGACCUCAGAAAAAAUAUUGUAGACCUCCACAGGUACACCUCCAAUUGACUCAAAUGAUGUCAAUUAACCUAUCAGAAGCUUCUAAAGCCAUGACAUCAUUUUCUGGAAUUUUCCAAGCUGUUUAAAGACACAGUCAACUUAGUGUAUGUAAACUUCUGACCCACUGGAAUUGUGAUACAGUGAAUUAUAAGUGAAAUAAUCUGUCUGUAAACCAUUGUUGGAAAAAUUACCUUUGUCAAGCACAAAGUAGAUGUCCUAACCAACUUGCCAAAACUAUAGUUUGUUAACAAGACAUUUGUGGAGUGGUUGAAAAACGAGUUUUAAUGACUCCAACCUAAGUGUAUGUAAACUUCCGACUUCAACUGUAGGUUUCUGUCUAAAGACUAUUCAAGCAGAUCCAUUGUUCUCAUUGACCAAUGUUGAAGGAAAUAGUUCAUUUGUUUUGGUGAGGUAGAGGAACAUUUCCCAAUGAGCAAAUUAAGUCACAAAUUGUUGUCAUUAAAAGGGGUAAAAGCUGUCAGAGAAUUAAGCAUUAAGUCUCUCCAUUUGAUGUUUUUUCACAGACCUAUGCAGUAGUUCAGAGUUCUGGAGUUCGGACAUAGACCAAUGCGUAUCCUGCUCAUCAUGCAAGCAAUAUCCAAAGACUCCUUCAUGUAACACAUGUAAGUAAAAUCCUUAGCUAAGGAACAGUCAACCUUAUGUCUUACAAUUAAAUCAAACAAAAACCAAUGCUUAAUUGCCUAAAACUGUCCUCUUUGACCAAUAUGUCCCCUUUCAGGCACAGUUACCAAGGAAAGAUCUGAUGUCUGGAGACUGGCAGCCAUUUCCAGCUUCUCUGUGCUGGCAGUUAUUCUGGUCGCUGCAGUAUUGAUCAUUGGAGUCAUGGUGCAUCGACGCAAGGCACAGAAGAGGCCCCUUCGUGGUAGGGCUCACGUCUACCAUCUCAUUAUAAACUAACAUUGUCAGUCAUUACACUUAUUGUAGCAUGAUGAUAGAGAAACACAUAUGAUGUUUGUAGCAUUAUGACACAUUGACCUCUUUAGGUUCUGGUGAAAAUACAUAAAAGAAAAUCAGCAUUUUCUUCUUGUUCUGCAGAACCUAUUGAAGAGACAACGGGACCUCUUUACCAAGCGUAA